GUGUAACUGACCUGAGAUAUUUUCAAAACACAUUAAUCUGUAUUCGGUAUAAAUGGUGAGACUAAUUUGUCGCGGAAUUACACCGUUGUGAUCGUUCGUCCGUUUGGCAUGCAUCCGUUAGGCUUGACUGUGAUUUUAUUUUGAAGGUAAUGCUUGUGGAGUUCCGGUAUCAGGGAGGCGCGCGGGUUGUUUUUCCUCAAAAGUGCUAGCUUAAAUGUUGUCGAAAAUUCGAUCCAUUUCGGACACAAGGGGGGCAACAAUUUUGACGUUCAAUAUAGAAAAAAAAAGUUAUGAACUUUUAUCCCACGCCGUCAUGGUGUGACAAACCGGUUCUAUUUUUUUGGGAGCAUUUAAGCCUCGGGGAGUGGAUUUCUUCCCCUCAGGAAGGAUGUUCGACCAUUUGACAGAGGAAAUCUGGAAAGAAUUGGGACCGGUGGACCCCGACUGGUUCCAGUUGUUGACAACGCGGGCAUCCUCUCGGGAAGGAAACGUGUCCAAUCAAAACGAACUCUGUCCCAACCAGGAGGGAAAAUGCAAGACGUCUUUUGGGGAAACUGUUGCUACUGUGGCAGCAAGUCAACAGUUUUCAACACCCAAAGUGUUCAGACGCGCUUAUGCCGUGUCCCCUGACACCAAAGACCAACAAGAAGAUUCGCUUAACUUGCCACAACAGUACCCAGUCAGCUACGCCCAACGCAUUUCCGAAAGCCUGGGCGCCGACAUUAACCCCGACAUAUCGUGGACGAGUUCUCUCAAUACACCACCUUUGCCUUCCACCUUCAUUUUUUCUAAAACAGAAGAAAGUCCCCGCUCUGUGACAUUUUCUAUGGACAAGAGUGUUGUGGUGGUUCGGAAGCUCUUCCCUUCUCUUUCCAACCCGUCCAGGAAUGGUGCGACGUCACCACAAAUCAAUGUCCCGCCUGUGUUUCUACACGAAGCUGAUAUUCCAGUGGCUGGCUCUCACACAGAGUCUCAAAAGUCACCUCACAGUUCUCAGGAACACAGCGACGGGGUCUGUAAAAAGCAGGUCCUUGACACCAUCGAGGAUGAGGCGAUCCGCAGUCCUAUGGCCAGUAUUCUCGACGAUGCCGAAAACAGUCCAUCUGCAUUUGUCACCAAUACUAAUUUGGUACUGAGGAAAGUGAAGACCGAGAGAGUGAAAAGUAGCCAAGAAGAACCUCACAGCAGCUCUUCAGAUGUUUCAACUGAGUCUAAGCCUGUGCCCCCACCACAAGGAGAAUCGGGUCAAGACCUAUGCAGAGACACUAACCUCACACAGUGGUCACCGUUGAGUUUAUCAGACUUUUUAGCCACCCCUGCUGCAAAGAAUGAUUGUAAUUCUGGCCAGCCAAUUAGACCAUCUUUGAACCCUGCUGGAUUUACAAGGAAAAAGACCAAAUUCAUUUACACCAUUGACAAGGAGAAGUACUCUCUGAACAACAACUCCAUUCAAGGUCAUGAACUGUCUGUUACACUGGCGCCAAAAACCUUUGACAAAGGAGGGGAGUCCAACAUCAGCGAAGGUAAGGAGGAGCUUCAUCAACGAGAACUCAUCAAUAAAGAAAAGCUGCCUCCUUUGCUUCAAGUCAACACCCAGGAUUUGGACAUGUCGCUACUUUGCAAAGCAUUUGCACAAGACUUCAGUCAAAUGUCCCACCUGACUGCACCACCGAAAACAGCAGCACCUCCUCUUCCUCGUCCUCCUCCUCCUUCUCCUCCUCCUCCUCCUCUUCCUAUUUUCUCCCCGUUGGCCUGUCUUACAGCGUUGAAAGUUGCUCGAGAGAAAGCCAAAAGGCAAGUCGGUGUUCAUCGUAAAGCACCCUUUGACGUGUCAGUUGCUGAGGUAGAGGUGAGCGACAGCGGCUUCCUGUCAGGCACUGCUGACUUCUCUCAUGUAACUUUGUCUUGUUUGGAGAAACCCAAUCCAAGUGACCGUUGCACUUUAAAGUCUACAAGUAGAAAACAAAACAAGGUGUGUUUGGAGGAGCUUUCACUUGGUACAGACGCCAACACCAAGGAUACAUCAAUGCAGCAACUCUGCAAUACUGCUGACUUGCCCUGCCCUCCACUUUUAAUUCAAUCCAGUUAUUGUGAAAAGAGCCAAAAGAUUGACGUUUCUCUUCCCUCAAGACAGUUGUCAGGUUUCAAAACAGCUUCCAACAAAAGUAUUCAAAUAUCAGCAGAAAACCUGCAGAAAGCAGAACACCUCUUUGACGAGACCAUAGGUCAGCAAUCAAUGAAAAGUGUCUGUGACAAGGAAAUUUCUUCUGUCGUUAGCCGCCCGGUAAAAGUUUCAACAAAGUGCCUGUGGAAAGAUGAUGAAAAUCGUCGUGAAACAGAGGAGUUACCACGAGGCUUCCCUUUAUCUAUCAAAGAUAUUCAAAAUGUUCCACAAAGUCCUGAAAAGUUGAACACUGGCACAUCUUUGAUUGAUCCAAACAUCAGAUGCGACUGGUAUGCCAAAGAGGAAGCUCCUGCAAUGCCUUCUUCUGCCGUGAGUAGUCCGAUAGGAGUUUCCAAAAAUAUCUCUUUGUGUCUGAAAGAGGAUCAUUUGACAUUUGAACUUGAUGACACAGAGGAGGUACUUCAAGGCUCCGGUUCAUCAGUCAAACAAAUCCAAAAUGCUCCCAAAAGUCCUGGAAAUAGGAACGCAGUUGCAUUUCAGAGCGAUCACCCCAUUGAAUACAACCUCGACGCAAAAGAGGAAAAUCCUGCAAUGUUUGCUCUUGCCCCAUUAGGCCAAAAACUCAACCAGGCCAACUGCAAGCUGACUGCCUCAGAGAAGGCUGAUGUGAAGGAGCUGUGCACCCUCCUGGAAGAGUCGGACACCCAGUUUGAAUUCACGCAGUUCAGAACCGUAAAACAACUGGGUCACGAGGGUCCGACCUCAUCUCCUAAAGAGGGCAAAGACCUAGACCCUGACUUCCUGUCUGGUAUUGAUUUCGAUGACAGCUUUUGUGCGGAGGCAAAUGAGAAAAUGGUAUUCACGUCAAACAAUAAAACAAAACAUGAAGAACCCAAUGAGGAUAGGAAACCUCCACUAGAACCUUUGAAAAAAGAAGCAUCCAUUGAAAGAUUUCAAACAGCCAAUGAAGGUGUCAGAGUUUCCAAAAAGUGUCUGAAGAAAACCAAACAUUUAUUGGAUGACUUGGGCUGGAGUACUUCCGCACAAAAGUCAAGCGGUUACGAUGAUAGACUCACGCUGCAUGAGAGAACUUCUCAGGAACAGAAUAAUUUGAAAGGCAAUCAAGGCUUCAUUUCAUUGGUCAAACCCAUUCAAAUAUCUCCAAAAACGAAUGUUGACACGGUUGGAGGAAUGCAUCAAGGUAGGUUCCAAAUGGCCAGUGGGAAAACGAUUCUGAUAUCGCCCAGAGCGAUGCAAAAGGCAAAUGCUGUCUUCAAGGACUGCAUUCAUGAAAAUGAACAAUCCCUUGCGGGAAGUAACGCUUUACCAAAUGCAACAUUGUCAUCCUGUGCCAAACCGAACCUCGUUUCCUCUAUCGACGUUUGCUCGAGCAGUAGUACUGGAUUCUCCCCAGCAGGUGGGAAGAAAGUGGCUUCAUCUGCUGAGCCCACGGCUCAGGUCAAAUGUCUUUUGCAAAAAGAGCAUGAGGAUGAUCAAGUGAAAUAUGAAAGGUCCUCGGGAAUCAAACCUGCUGCCCGUCGGCCGAGUGGGUUCCAGACAGCAGGUGGUAAACAGGUUUCUGUUUCCUUCACUGCUCUGAAGAAAGCAAAAUCAUUGCUUGAUGAUUGUGAUGAAGUCGAGGAACAGCCAUCCCGUUAUCCACUGGGAAAAAAACGUGAGCCCCUGUCAGAUCGUGAGAAGCCUGCGUCAUUUUCAGACAAGACUCUCAAUCACAAUCUCCGCUCCACUUUAGAGAGUCCGUCUGUUUCUAGUGUAAAAGUGUUUAACAUAAAAAAAGAAAAUGCUACAACUGUGGACAUGAAUGGCCCAAAAUGUCAAGUGAAAAAUGAAACACUACAGAAUUAUGAAAACUUUGCAAAUCCAUCUGUAGAGGUUGGUUCUUCUUCCCUGAGUGGUGGUGGUGGAUUCUCUACUGCCAGUGGGAAGAAGGUAUCUGUGUCUUUAGCAGCCGUUCAAAAAGCCAAACACAUUUUGCAAGAUCACCGCAAUGAUGACCUCGGCACAAAAAAGAAACAUGGAUGCGCCUCAGGAGUCGAAGGAGUCAACCAUCAGAUUGGUGGAUUUCAGACCGGAGGAGGCAAGCAAGUCACUAUUUCUUCCACAGCCCUUAUGAAAUUAAAAUCCUUACUUGAUGAUUAUGAAUCUGUCGAGGAACAUCCAUCCCAUUAUUCACUGUCAAAAAAAAGUCAGUUCCUCGCUAGACAGACGCCAGAGUCAUUCUCGGACAAGGCUCUCUUUGACAACUUCUGUUCCGCUUCAGAGAGUCCAGCUUUGAAAGCGCAUGACCCAAAACAAGCAAAUACUGCAAGCAAAGAGAAGUUAGCUAGUUCUUUUUCAAUUGCAGAUGAGACAAACAAAAAGACCUAUAUACCUAACAAAGCUUUGCGGCAAGCAGAUGAUUACGUCAAAGACCAGAUGAACACUAAUGACGGAAUCUCGGGAAAAGACAAGGAAACAAGUAGUCAAGUGAGAAUAAAUACGCUCGAAGUCAAGUUUGAAAAUGUGGACACUGCACCAUGUGGGGAAAAAAACAUGGGGCAUCAUACCAACUUGGAAAACCAUGCAAAUCCGUCAUUAGAUGUCUGUUCUUCUCUUCUGAGCGGUGGCGGCGGAUUCUGUACUGCUAGCAGGAAGCGCGUGUCUGUCUCUGAAGAAGCACUGACCAGGGCCAAAUCUCUCUUAAAUGACAUUGAGAGCAACAACCUGAAGCCCCUCCGCAAUGUUAGUUUACAAAACAACAAACGAGACCAUCGCCAAAAUUUUGGGUUCCAGAAGGCCAGCGGCAGAAGAGUUUCUUGGUCUUCCGCAGCUCUCAAGAAGGCAAAAUCGUUUCUCGGUGAAUGUCACGGAGACACAGCAGAUGUACAUUAUGCACAUGUAGCCAAUAGUGCUGGAUUUAACACAGCAAGUGGGGGAAAAGUAAUCACGCCCCACGAAGCGAUAGCAAGAGCAAAGUCCCGGCUGGAUGAAAGCAUCACAGACAAAGACGUAUGCUUCCAGUCACCUGCGGGUCAGAAGAAAGAAAAAAAUCACCUGAUGGAAUGUGAGGAGCAGGAUGAUAAAACAAGAGUGAAACCGAGCAAGAUAAUAAAUUGUGGAUUCCGUGCAGCCAGUGGGAAAGCUGUGUCCUUUUCUGACGAGGCCCUCCACAAAGCAAAAGCUCUUUUUGAUAACAUCAGCUUCAAUGAAGAUGUCCAAAUGGAUGAACUGAAAAUGACCUUUAGCAAGCCUUCAGUGUCUGGGGUUGCUCAAGGUCAAAGUGCAUUGUUAAGAGAAAGAAAGCCAGCAGCUGCAGAACCAACGGCGCGUGAACGGGGCGACCUUCAUAGACAGGAAAUGGCAGAGGAGUUAGAUGGUGGAGUUGUUAAGGCACCUGAGGAUCCCGCAGUAGUAAAUUUUGAGUCGUUCGACCUGACUGACUGCACUGAAACGCAGCAGUUGUUUCUCGCCAAGGAAGCAUUGGACUGUACCAAAGCUUUACUGGUGGAUGAGGGUCUUGCGAUGAUAGAAAACAUGCAGCCACAGAACGACUCCCAUGGGCCUGCAGAGGUGCAAUCAUUUGGAAAAAGAUCAGCAGAAGGCGCUGAAUUGGAUGACCAACCUCCUCUAAAGAGAAGAUUGCUGGAUGAGUUCCACAGAUCUCUUGACAGUCGAGAAGGAUCAAGGCUUUGCCCGCAAACAAGUUCUCUGAAUGGUCUAAUGAAGGACAGGCCAGCGUUCAAGUACAACGACUUGCUUCGUCCAAACAUCACCAAGCCCCACAGGGACUGCAUGGGUUACGUGGAGGCCGCCGCGUCUCAGAGGAUGAAUCAGCAGCCCUUGAAAGCUGGGUCGACAUUUUUUCCUGAGGUUUUCACGAAGUCUGAGGCACGAUCGAGCAGCGGCAAUACAAAAAAACCUCCCGCCUUUGUUCCUCCGUUCAAAAGACAAACGGCGGUCGAACAGCGCUCCACAAAACACUUCAAUAAAGACACGAAAACCACACAAAACAGUGAGGACCCUCACUCGAGCAUCUCAGUCCAUCGUAUCACCAAUCACGUCGGCAGUGAAAGCCCACCUGCUGACACGUGUUGGAGUGAAGGGAUGAUGCUCCAAAAUGUGGAGCUGGCACGAGACAUCCAAGACAUGAGGAUCAGGAAGAAGAAGCGCCAGACUGUAAGACCUUUGCCAGGAAGCUUGUUUGUUGCUAAAACCUCAGGAGCAACGAGGAUUCUUUUGAAAGAUGUUGUGGCUGGGAGGCCACCUGCCAAGUACACCCAGAAACAGCUGUACGAAUAUGGCGUGCAUCGUCACGUGUGCAAUAUUACCAGCGAAACAGCAGAGGCUUUCCGCUUCCCUCUCAAGCUGUUCUUCAAAAUGGAAACCUUUGCUGAGGAAGGCAGCAUUCAACUUGCAGAUGGCGGAUGGCUGAUUCCCAGCAGUGACGGGACGGCUGGCAAAGAACAGUUCCUUAGAGCCUUGUGCGACACACCUGGCGUGGAUCCCAAACUGCUGAGCGACGAGUGGGUCUUCAAUCACUACAGGUGGAUUGUGUGGAAGCUGGCCUCCAUGGAGAGAUCCUUCCCGGAAACAAUGGCAGGCCUCUGCCUCACACCUGAGAGGGUUCUACUGCAGCUCAAGUACAGAUACGACGUGGAGGUUGACCACAGCCGCCGGCCGGCUCUGAGGAAGAUCAUGGAAAAGGACGACACAGCGGCGAAAGCUCUGGUUCUGUGCGUCAGCGGGGUGGUCUCACGAGGCCAAGCGGGAAACCCGUGCGCGGUGGUGUGGUUGACGGAUGGCUGGUACGCCAUUAAAGCCCAGCUGGAUGAGCCGUUAACAAUCCUGCUGCGUGAGGGUCGACUGGCCGUGGGUGGGAAGCUCAUCGUCCACAGCGCCCAGCUGGUGGGGUCAGAGGACCCCUGCAUACCCCUGGAAGCACCUGAAUCCCUUAUGCUUAAGAUUUUCGCCAACAGCAGCAGACCUGCCCGGUGGGACGCUAAACUUGGAUUUUACAAGGAUCCUCGGCCGUUCCUGCUUCCUCUAUCCUCGUUGUACAGCAACGGAGGCCCUGUCGGAUGCGUGGACAUUGUGGUGUUGAGAAGCUACCCCUUGCAGUGGAUGGAGAGGAAGAACGACGGCGGCGUUGUGUUUCGCUUGGCCCGCGCCGAAGAGAAGGAGGAGGCUCGAUACAACAGCCACAGGGAGAAGGUCAUGGAGGUCCUCUAUGCCAAGAUACAAGCAGAGUUGGAAAAGGAGGACAAGGAGAGCAAACGUCAACUCGCAAAACGGACUGUGAGUCAUCAGGAUAUUGGAGGUCUGCAGGACGGGCAGGAGCUGUACGAAGCGGUGGGAGAUGACCUAGUUGAACUGGAGGCCCACCUGAGCGCGCAGCAGCUGGAGACUCUGCGGGCUUACCGGUGCUCGCUGCUGGAAAAAAAACAGGCGGAAUUAGAAGCUCGCUACCUACGUGCUACACGGGAAAAUGUGGACGAGGGCCAGGCGAGCUGCCCUCAGAGAGACGUCACACCUGUCUUGAGACUCAGCGUCGCAGACUCUUUGAAUCCCAGUGGCAACAUUUAUCAGUUGAAUCUUUGGCGGCCGUCCUCGGAGCUGCAGGCCCUAUUAAAGGAAGGUCGUCGAUACAAAGUCUACAACUUGUCCACGUCGGACAGGAAGAAGCGUGGAGAUGUUGCCACGCUUCAGCUCAACGCCACCAAGAAAACACAAUUUCAGGACCUUCAGACCUCUCCCGAAUGGCUAUCCUCUUGCUUUCAACCUCGAGUGUCUACCAACUUUGUGGAUCUUCAAAACCUAGACUAUAAUCCUGUGUGCAGGGAGGUUGAUCUGACUGGCUGUGUUGUCAGUGUCAUUGACGGACAAGGUGCUUCUGCCUUCUACCUGGUGGACUGCAAUGUCAACUUUGUGAAGGUGUGCUGUUUGAGCACCCUGCUUUUGGCCAGUCUGGUCGAUGUGGUGAAAGCCGGCACGCUGCUGGCUCUGAGCAACUUGCAGCUGAGGGGCCAGUCCACUCGGCCUACCCCUGUCGUGUACGCGGGAGACCUCACGGUCUUCUCUGCCAACCCCAAAGAAGAGCAUCUCCAACAGGCCCUCUGGCAGCUAAAGAACCUUCUACAGGCACAAGAGAACUUCUUUGUGCAUGCAAAGGACAGACUUUCCCAGGUGCUGAAGUCUGACGUGUGGAGCUCAGUCAGCUCUCCCAGUCCGUCUCAUAAAACAGCCACAACUCAAAACACCACACCUCAGCAGCCAAUCAGAAGCCUGAGAUGCUUCACUCCAAUAAGCAAGAACCUUCAGUCUCCAGCCAACGCUGCUUCUUUAUUGGAGAAAGACCCGAGAAGCUUGAAGAGGAAGCGAGCUAUGGACUACCUGUCUCGUGUGCCGUCUCCUCCGCCGUUGUUCCGCCUGGGCCCGGCCGCUUCGCCCUCUGUCAAGAAGACCUUCCACCCUCCUCGGAGAAACUUCGCACUUGGCACUUCAAAAACUGUACACACCCCAACCCCUACAGCGCUAUCUGGCGGUCCACCCGAGGAGGACUGGGUGAAUGACCAAGAGCUCGCUAUGAUUGAUACGCAGGCCUUACAUGUCAAUAACACACUGUAACUGUGAAGUACUGCAUUACAAAAGUGAACCACAAGUUUAAAAAGAAAAAGUUUGAAAAUAUUGUCUGAGACACUGUAUGAUGGAGGCAGCUAGAAAAAAAAAAUUAUGCUCAGACCGGUAGGUUGCAAUAAAAUAUUUAUUUGAUAAAAUACAUGAAAAUGAAGUUCAAUUUUUCUCAGUACAUUGAAUGGAAAAAUACAUUUCUAAUUGAAUAUAAUGCAUUAAAUAGAAUUUCUCAAUUUCCUUUUCCCAAUAACCUAAUCUGGUGUGAUGUAGCAACAUACUUGUAUAUUAGAACUUUAUUGUACUGGGGAAUUAAAACUGAAUUUCAGGGAAAAUAGGCAAGUAAUAGAUUGUAAAAAAAAAAAUAAAAAUGUCAUGGCUAAUUUUGGCAUUACUCUUUCAAUGCAGGAAUAUUAAUGAAAACAUGCAUUUGCAGGAUUUGACAUUUAAAAGAAA